AACGGACACCACCACGACCAAAAGCAACCAUGAGCGAACAACCUUCCGCCGCGCUGUGCCAUGCGCUGGACCGGGCAGCGACGUUGCUGAAGGAAGGUUGGAAGGAUGACCCUGCGCAGCAGGCAUCCCCAGACCUUGCUCGCCUUCUCAUCGAACUCCAUUCACAAACGACAGCUGCCCUUGAGCACCUGGCUUCCGUGCCAGGUCACGAGCAUGAGGCGGCAGACCAUGGCGCGCGACACGAUCACCAUGAGCACGACGAUAAGGCAGAAGGAGGCAAGGGCAUGGCCACGCUGCACACGAUUCGGCGGUACUUGGCGCAGCAACUUGAGUCCCAAGGCUCACUUGCCGCGGAUGAAGAGCUGCACUAUCCAGACCGUGGCGAGAACUCCGACUGCAACGAGCAGAACACCCUGUCCGUUGACAGUUUCCUGUUUGACGCGGAUGAUGUCGAUGACAUGAUUGACGCCGGUGAUCUUCCAUCGCACUAUUGCCAAGACUGCGGCUCGCGUAACAUCAGUCGCCUCACGUUCAUCUCGCACUCCAUGUCGCUGCACCAGCUCAAGUUCAUGUACAACACCAUCAUUCCGCAAUAUUGCCCAACCGUCCGCCACGUGGUCGAUAUCGGCUCCCGCCUCGGCGCCGUUCUCUUUGCGGGCUGUUGCCUUCGACCCGAUCUCACGUACACUGGCGUGGAGGUGAACAGCACCUAUGCCGCGCAGCAACGCGACGUCAUCGAUAAGUUCAACCUCAAAGCCAUCAAUGUGGUGGAAGGCGAUGUUCGGCAACACACAGAUCUGCUACAACAAGCGGACCUGGUUGUGCUUCACAACGUGUUUGAGUUCUUUGGCGACAAGGCCUACAGCCAAGAGUUGUGGCUGACUGUGCUCCAGGCGCUUACGCGUUCCAACACGUUUAUUCUCUCCGUCCCGGCCAUUGAAGAGUCUCUGGACACCAUUGGGCUGCCGUCGUCGUCCAUGUCGCAUCUGAAGCGCGUACCCAUCGCCUACCCAGAACCCGUUGAUGAAGACGACGAGUUUGCAGAGGACGCAGCAACCAUGUUCCUCUACACCGUGGUUGAACCUCACGUGGAGAGUGAUGAAACGUCAAGAAACGCUGACAAUUAAUUGAAUCGUAAUUCAAACGUACAUCGUGGUUGCACUUCCCUUUCUCUGGACACAUGAUUCUCCCCUUGUCUCCUUCUCCUACUUUGUGACUAAGCUUGCUUGCUUUCUUCAGCAGCUUGGACUUCGAUACACGGCAACUUGCUGGGCAAAGUGACACUCUA